AUUCAGACACACUCACACAAACACACACGUGUGAGAAAAGCUGGCGUUCAACGCUGUCCGCUCUCUUCUGAAUAUCGCAAGGCACAGUGCCUGUGUCCAGCUCAGGUCCGGUAAGAGGUCUCUGCAAGUGUUCAGCAGGUGGACGACCAGAAGUGUUGCUCAGGUCCACAUCUGUCUCUUGCGACCUCAGCCCCGCAAACACUUGGCUCUGAUGGCAGAAUCAGAGCCCGCCCCUGUUCCUGUCCAAGUCGGAGAAAAAAGAGGCUGUCCAGAGGAGAAAGAGGAAGACACACCGUCAAAGAAACCAAAAGUUGAGGAUGAUCACAAAAAUGGGGGUCCUCCCCACCAAGAUGAGGAGGAAGAGCCUGAAGGGGAAGCGUGUGAUGGAGAGGAGGACGGUGAGACCUUUGCUGACAUGAUGAAGCAUUGCCUCACUGAGCUGGAUGUGGGCAUCCUGAAGUAUGUCAGUGACCAUGAGGGCUUCUCAGGUAUCCUGAAAGAAAGAUAUUCUGAUUUUGUUGUGCAUGAAAUCAACAAACAAGGCAAGGUAGUGCAUUUAGAUGACUUCUCUAUCCCAGCAGAGGCUGAGGAAGUCCCAGAGGUUGAACAGCAGCCAAAGGAAUGUGACGACGUGCUCACUGAAGAGCAGAAAAAGCAGCUAGGGGAGCUGCAGCUCUUCAAGAAUAAAGAGGGAGAUGUCUCCAUUGAGGUAAUGGAUGAUACAAAAGAAAAACGAAGGCUAGUCCACAUAGCCAUUAAGACUCAGUUUCCUGGUCUGGAAACAAAGACAGAAGAGAAGGAAGGGAGCAAGUUUAUAGUGGCCUACCAUGCUGCUGGGAAGAAGGCUUUAGCAGCUCCAAGGAAACACUUUUGGCCCAAAAACCGUGGCAGCUUCUGCCACUUUGUCCUGUAUAAGGAGAACAAAGACACCAUGGAUGCUAUCAAUGUGCUUUCAAAGUUCCUCAGGCUCAGACCCAACAUGUUUUCCUACAUGGGAACCAAGGACAAGAGGGCCAUCACUGUGCAGGAGAUAGCAGUGCUCAAGAUCACAGCAGAGAGGUUGGCUCACCUCAACAAGUGCCUCAUGAACCUCAAAGUUGGAAACUUUUGCUACAAAAACCACCCUCUAAAGCUGGGGGAACUGCAGGGAAACCAUUUUACUGUGGUCAUCAGGAACAUCUCAGGUACUGAUGAGCAGGUCCAUCAGGCCAUGACAUCCCUCAGGCAGACAGGAUUCAUCAAUUACUAUGGCAUGCAGCGCUUCGGCACCACAGCUGUGCCCACGCAACAAGUUGGCAGGGCUAUUCUGAAAAACGACUGGAAUGAGGUGGUGGAUUUAAUUCUGAAACCUCGUCCUGGAGCAGAGAAAGAAUUUCUGGUCCGCUGCAGGGAGGAGUGGGCAAAGACUCAGGACCCAGAGGCAGCACUGAAAAAGUUGCCCAAUAAACGCUGCGUGGAAGGACAGCUGCUGAGAGGCCUGUCUAUGUAUGGGAAGAAAAACAUCGUGACUGCCUUUGGACUGAUCCCCCGUAACAACCGCCUGAUGUACAUCCACAGCUACCAGAGCGUGGUGUGGAACACCAUGGUCAGCCGCAGAAUCGAAGCCUUCGGCCUGAAGGCUGUGGAGGGCGAUCUGGUGCUCAGAGGAACUGCAGCACAUGUUCUGACUGCAGAGGAGGCAGAGACUCACUCCAUCCAUGACAUUGUGAUGCCACUUCCUGGAUUUGAUGUCAUCUACCCCUCUCACCAUAUUGGUAAAGGUUACAGGGAGAUGCUCUCUGCAGACGGGCUUGACAUCGACAACAUGAGACACAAAGUGAAGGACUACUCUCUGGCCGGAACCUACAGACGCAUCAUCAUCAGACCCAGUGAUGUCACCUGGGAGGUGAUUCAGUACGAUGACCCCCGGCUCUCUCUGGUGCAUACUGAUUUUGAGAAAGUAGAGAACAAACCUGCCCCUGUUUUCAACAAAGAGGGCAAGUAUCGAGCUCUGCUGAUGGAGUUCUCUCUGCCUCCUUCCACCUACGCUACUAUGGCGAUCAGAGAGGUCCUCAAGUUGGACACGAGCAUCAAGAAACAGACGCAGCUCAACACCACCUGGUUCAACUGAAGCCACUUUCAGGCAUGAACUGGACUGCUACUGCAGGCUGUAAAGCACCUGCCUUCUGUGGCUACUUACUGUUGUGAGUGUUUUUAAGUAUAAUAUGUGUGUGAGAGCGUUAUUGGGUUCUGUAUGAACCCAAAGGUCAUUUCUUUGAAGUACAAAGAGCAACAAUUUAUCAUUAUUCAACUUUUUUUUUUCUUUUUUUUUUUUUAAACAAUGUUUUUACUUGCUCUGAAUGUUUCUGUGCUGCAGUGAUUCAGCAUAUUUUGACAAAUGAUUUAAGUAAACCUUUUGCUGUCAGGGUGCUCACACAUACAGCGAUCCCUGCUGCUGGUUUGUACAGAAAGAUCCAUUCUAGUUAUUUUUAGCUUUGGGCUCACAGUGUGAAAUGGAAACAUUCUUGAAAAGAGAAAUUAAAAUUGUUGAAAGUUUAA